GUGGAGUCUCUUCGGGAAGCACAUACGUUCACGAUGUCUGGUCGAGGAAAGCAAGGCGGGAAGGCUCGCGCUAAAGCCAAGACCCGCUCGUCCCGGGCGGGGCUGCAGUUCCCGGUGGGCCGCGUCCACCGGCUGCUGCGCAAGGGCAACUACGCGGAGCGGGUGGGGGCGGGCGCGCCCGUCUACCUGGCCGCCGUGCUCGAGUACCUGACGGCCGAGAUCCUGGAGCUGGCGGGCAACGCGGCCCGCGACAACAAGAAGACCCGCAUCAUCCCGCGGCACCUGCAGCUGGCCAUCCGCAACGACGAGGAGCUCAACAAGCUGCUGGGCAAGGUCACCAUCGCCCAGGGCGGCGUCCUGCCCAACAUCCAGGCCGUGCUGCUGCCCAAGAAGACCGAGAGCCACCACAAGGCCAAGGGCAAGUAAAACAGGACUCCUGAGUUUCUCCAAGCGACGGCAACCAAAGGCUCUUUUCAGAGCCACC